CCGGAGCCUGGCCCGACGGCCCGCGCCCCGCACUGGCUCGGCGCAGGGAGCAAGCACCUUCUUCGCACCAGGGAAGCCCCACCCACCUGAAGCCAAGAUGUCCAGCAAGCGGGCCAAGGCCAAAACCACCAAGAAGCGGCCACAGAGAGCCACAUCCAAUGUCUUUGCAAUGUUUGACCAGUCCCAGAUCCAGGAGUUUAAGGAGGCCUUCAAUAUGAUCGACCAGAACCGAGAUGGCUUCAUUGAUAAGGAGGACUUGCAUGACAUGCUGGCCUCGCUGGGGAAGAACCCCACAGAUGAGUACCUGGAGGGCAUGAUGAGCGAGGCCCCGGGGCCCAUCAACUUCACCAUGUUUCUCACCAUGUUUGGGGAGAAGCUGAAUGGCACAGACCCCGAGGACGUGAUCCGAAACGCCUUCGCCUGCUUCGACGAGGAGGCCUCAGGUUUUAUCCAUGAGGACCACCUACGGGAGCUGCUCACCACCAUGGGCGACCGCUUCACAGACGAGGAAGUGGAUGAGAUGUACCGAGAGGCCCCCAUAGAUAAGAAAGGCAACUUCAACUAUGUGGAGUUCACCCGCAUCCUCAAGCAUGGUGCCAAGGACAAGGACGACUAGGCCGCCCCAGGCCCCUAUCCCACUCACCUGCUCCCCACCCUCACUGUACACCAGCUCCAUGCCCGUGACCCCACAGGACCCUCUCAGGGGACCCUCCCUCUGAGGGGCUAGGGGUCCAGCUCGCAGUGGAAAAACAGGCUGAGAGCACGCAGUGCCCGGUAAAGGGCACACAGCCAAUGUGAGGCAGGUGUUGCACCAUGACCCUCCGAAAGAGGACCGUCUUCUAGAGAGCUGGGCCUCAUGGGCUUUUCCCCACAGGACAGGCCCCGUGUCCUGUCUGGGAUACAACUUCCCGUGCACCCCCAUGUAGGGCAUGUAGCUCUUUCCCAGACACUGCCAGAAACACAAACCUCACCAAGGUCCAUCCUCUGAGGACAGGAUGCCAGACCCCUCCUUUGUGCCCUGCCCAGCCACCAGAACACAGCCCACCCCACCGGGAGUGUGAUCCAGAAGAAGCAUGUAAGCUGGAUAUUUGAUCCAGGGGAGGCAGAAUCUCUAAUAGAAGCCUGAGCACUGC